CCAUGUUUACUUUCUAGGCAAAUAGAUAGCAAACAAUCUCGCCUUUCUAUAUAAAGUGCAAGGUGAAAGGAAAUGCAUUCAUAUCUGGAAAUAGUCGCUGAAAGAAACCUUCGACCAUGAACACUCUUGUGACCUUUGCGGCCCUGUGCAUCGUGGCUCUCGCAGUCACGGCCCAAGUGCACCAAGGAGGCCCUCAUCAGAACCAGGGCAGGAUCCGCCGGCAAGCCGACCAGAGCCAGCCUGAAGAAGUCCAAGGUCCUGAUGAUGCGGAUCAACCCGACGGACCGCCCGACUCUCCUCUAAACUGGACAACCUGUGACGUCACCGCGACCCCAAGGAUCUCCUGCCAUGACUGCCACACUCGACUGAUCUGUAAACCAGUUGGUGGACUGCUCAAGGGGUGUAACAACCCUUACCGCCCGUACUGCAACUAUGGUGUCUGCUCUCCGCUGCCGAGUCUGGACUGUGUUGGCCAGUAAAGGUCCUGGACUCUUGGUACAUAUCUUACAAAGUAAAACAUAAUUAUGUAACAAUAGCUAUUGCAAAUGUUAUGUUGUCAAUUGGAAAACCAUUGAAAUUAUUAUGCUUUGGUAUUUUUAUGCAAUAAGGUACUUGCUUCUUAUUUACUUACAAAAGGAAAAUGAUCUUCAAAAGGGAAAAUAAAUCUUCAAUGCUGAAAA